GGCCCGCGGGAGUGAGAAGCACGGGGCACGGAGCAGGAAGGAGGGGCGAAUAGGGGGACUUUAAAUAUAAUUCCACUUUGUCCGCAGCUCACGAGGACCUAAACCGACAGGUCGUCAGUGAAACUGGGCUGAACGACUGAAUAGAAGGACUUCUAUGCGCGUAAUGACGGUUAUACUGGCUCCACGCGAAUUUAGGACUAAAGAAAUGUGGAAACUGCACGUGCAUUUGAGGUGAAUUAUAAACCAUCUCUCCAUCUCUCAAUGUACCAUGGAGAACCAUAACCUGCGUUCAGUCUGCACACCUUUCCUGGACGAUAACUUCCAAGAGGUCUCUCUGCGUUUCCAAAGAACUUUUCACUUUUCUAACGACUCUUAGGACAUGUUGUGUUUCACUGAAGUCUCUUAAUUGUAAACAUUUGAGAGACGCUUUCCAGUAACAAUCAGAUAUGCAGAGCCGUGGUGUGGUGAAAAGCUGGGCCGGUCUGUCCGCAGUGCGCUCCUGCUUGCUGCUGCUCUUCAUCCACAUGAGCGCACCGGUGGAGGCGAGGAGAGGACACGGCGCUCGGGCGCAGAGUCGGCGGGUGCAGCAGCAGCAGCCUCCGGCGCACAGGGAGCGGGUGGAAGGAGCAGAGAGCUUCCCGUUAGACUUUACACCCGUGGAGGGCAACAUGGACAACUUCUUGGUACAGAUAAAGAACUUAGCGCAGUCACUGUACCCGUGCUCUGCGCAGAAGCUGGAUCAAGACAUGAAGUUGCACUUUUUGAAGAAUGUAUCUGUGACUUGCAAUGACGGUUCAGCAGCAGGGUACUACAUCAAGGAGUCUAAAGGCAGCAAGAGGUGGCUGCUGUUUUUAGAAGGUGGAUGGUACUGUUUCAACAGGCAGACCUGUGACAGCAGGUAUGAGACGAUGAGAAGACUGAUGAGCUCCACCAAGUGGCCACAAACCAAAACAGGAACAGGAAUCCUGUCUCCUCAGCCAGAGGAAAACCCUCACUGGUGGAACGCCAACAUGGUCUUCAUCCCGUACUGCUCCAGUGAUGUGUGGAGCGGAGCCACACCGAAGACAGAUCACAGUGAUUAUGCGUUCAUGGGCUCUCUGAUCAUUAAGGAGGUGGUGAACGAGCUGCUGACAAAAGGACUGGACAACGCCAAGGUUCUGCUUCUGGCAGGAAGCAGUGCGGGCGGUACAGGUGUCCUGCUGAACGUGGACCACGUUGCGGAGCAGCUGGAGUCGCAGGGCCACCGAGGGGUGCAGGUCAGGGGCCUGGCUGACUCUGGAUGGUUCCUGGACAACAAACAAUACAAAUUAACAGACUGCCUGGACACCAACUGUGCCCCCACUGAGGCCAUAAAGAGAGGCAUCAGGUACUGGGACGGUCUGGUGCCAGAGAGCUGCAGACAGGCUCACGUGGGAGAAGAGUGGAACUGUUUCUUUGGAUAUAAAAUCUUCCCCAUGUUAAAAAGCCCGGUGUUUGUGGUGCAAUGGCUGUUUGACGAGGCCCAGCUGACGGCCGACAACAUCCACCUGACCGGGCAGCCUGUCCACGAGGGCCAGUGGACAUACAUACAGAGCCUGGGACAGGAGCUGAGGAGUACGCUACGUGACGUACCGGCGAUUUUUGCUCCGGCCUGUCUGUCACAUGAGCUCAUUACUAGAACCUACUGGAUGGACAUUCAGGUGAAAGGCACCUCUCUGCCCAGAGCCCUCCACUGCUGGGACCGCAGCCUCCAAGCCAACAACCAAAUCAACAGCAGCAACCACAACCACCAAAAGCACAAGACCCAGCCCAUAAGGGGUUGCCCUCUACAUUUGAUUGACAGCUGCCCAUGGCCACACUGUAAUCCCUCCUGCCCGACUAUUCGGGACCAGCUGACGGGACAGGAGAUGAGCGUGAUCCAGUUCCUGAAGCACAUGGGCUUUGACGUGCAGAAGAUGGCCCAGCAACAGGGGAUGGACCCCAGGAAACUACUGGGCAUGCUCAAUAACGGGAGCUGAGUGCCUUUUUUUUUUUAAAGCGCAGCAAUGUUAGCGUAGUGUCAGUAAGCUGUUCUGCAGAGAUAAGAAGAUGUUGAACAUCGAUGGAAGACAACAGGAAAACACGAAAACAGAACUCUAAUGAGAAAACUAGGAAUACUUCCAAACAUCAACGUCUUCCAUCAAUAACAAACAAGACUCAUCUUUAAAAAAAAAAAAAGUGCCUGAUAAGUUUUGAAGAUAUUGAGUGAAAUACAAUCAAACCAGACUGUUUGAGCUGUUGAAACAACAUGAGAUCACUUGUUUUAAAGGUGUCCUGCCACAAUCAUUCAUGGUAAUGUCUGAAGUUCUACCAUGGACUCUGUAACAAUCUUUGUGAAAGAAAUGCCUUGUUUACCUUGUUUCCAGCCAUGCUAGUGUGGUACAGAAAGUCUGCAGGAAGACUCAGCUCAAUUUGUGCCAGUUCUCAUUAAUAUUCAACGAGAUAAGCUGCUUGACUCUGAUUGGCUAACAGCUAGCCAAUGAUAGCCUAGCUAUCAAUAUCCUUUACCCAGCACAACUGGGCGAGCUCAUGAAUAGCAAUGAGCUCAGGCAACAUGACGUCAGACCGACCAGUUUUUGUAAUUGCCCUGAUUUCUCCGCCUAUUUCUUUUCAGUGGCUAGAGCUGACGGAGGACGUAGCAGUUCAUUUUCACAUUCACGACAUAACACAAACACAUAUGGACCUGACAAAUUUCAGAAAAUGCAAGUAAAAACGGUUUUGCGGGGCACCUUUAACAUAUAGACAGAUACUGUAUAUACUGUAGACAUGUUAUCAUUGUGAGGUGUACACAAAUACAAUGCAAAGUGGGUACAGUGUGUGUAUACUAUAUAUUAUUUACAUACAUGCACACAUAUACAUAAAUAUGUACCGUACUAUAUGUACAUGCAGUUGAGAUUGUCAUGGUGGUAGUAUAAAAUAGUUUUGAUGGGCAAGAUUGAACACCUCCCAGUUUGUUUUGUGGGACUUGGUGUUCUCUUCUGUCUUCUCUAACAUCACACUCAGAGAUCCGUCUAUUUUGCUGCUGUUUCUACCCUCCACCAAAUAUGCUGCUUUUUCUUAUUUUGGAAAAAUUAUAAUUUAAUGGGUAAUAUUUACUAAUAAAAAGGUACAAAGAUUCAGAUUAUUACUUUUUUAAUCAGAGUACAUAAAAUUGCUUUUAUAUUUAUUUUUCUACUGAAAGUAUCUUGUAUAUGUCUUAUAGUCAGAUACAGUCAGCUACUGUAAGUGUCAAUGCAUUUUAUGUUUUUAUUUGCAUGUUUGUGAACAAAAUAUUUGCUAUAAAAAGUACUAUAAAGUACAUAAGUACUAUCAAUGUAAAUAGUACAAAUGAUAUCCAUAUCAUUGUUCAGGUUGUUGACUUUGUAAUAUUUAUCUUCUUGUGCUGUAGUGCCCACACCUUAUAUAAGUAUUAAUAAAUACGAAUACAAGCAAAUAUGAUAAAACAUAAUUUAAUUGCUCCAGUAUGACAAUACAGAGGCAGUUAACACACUAAAAGAGCGACUCAAAAAACAAUAUGAAAAAAAUUUCCAGUAUUAUCAUUCUCACACCCACAACAUCCAAAGUUUACCUACUAUACAACGUUCAUGCACACUGAUAAAAUUAUUUAAAAA